CUGCAGCGGGACCAGGCUGGAGCCAGGAACCUGGAACUUAAUCUGUGUCUCCCACAGAAAUGGCAGGGACUUUCUGUCUUCCAGGAUGCAGAGCAAUCAGUCGCAGCUGCAUCAGAGGCAGACCAGCCAGGGAUUGAACCAGACACCCCAGCAGGCACCCCAAGUCACAUUUUACCUGCUACACCAAUGCCUGCCCUUGGUGACUGAAGUUUAACACAUAGUCAGUCUCACCUUGUUAGCUCAUGGACCCUGAAUGAAAGCUGCAUACAUAUGGCUGUUAAACUUCUCUGAUUGAGAUUUUGUUUGUUUGAGUCGGCUGUGCCCACGUAAUGAAUGUGAUCCAGUGACUGGACAAAGAGCCCUGAACAGCAAAAAACAAACAAAACAAAGUAAAUCCAUGUGUGUUUGAGAAGCCCCGCCCAGCACCCUGAUGGCCAGCAACAACACUGCCAGCAUAGCACAAGCCAGGAAGCUGGUAGAGCAGCUGAAGAUGGAAGCCAACAUCGACAGGAUAAAGGUCUCCAAGGCAGCCGCGGACCUGAUGGCCUACUGCGAAGCCCACGCCAAGGAGGACCCCCUGCUAACCCCCGUGCCGGCAUCGGAAAACCCCUUCCGGGAGAAGAAGUUCUUCUGCGCCAUCCUUUAGGUCUUCCGGAGGUUGCGGCUGCACCUCGGGGCUCCGGGGACUUGAAUGUAGAGUUUGUAGCAAAGUGGGCACCUUUGUAGCCCAUGGCAUUUGACGAGAGAGGGAGAAGACAGUUCUGGCGAGUCCAGGCCCUGCAUGUUUCAAGAACGUCCCCCUUUAGGAGAGUGAGCGCCGACCCCCGUCCUGAGCUGAGACCCAGCACUGCAGCUCUGCCUGGCAGAGCGCAGUGCGUCCACACACAAUUGGUGUCACUUCUUUUCUGUUACCCACCCCCCACACACCUUCUGUUUCUGCUUCCUAUUUAAAAAUUUUUUAAACAAAAAAUAAACAAUCAAACCUGAAACAGACAGCUGUACUGAGCUGAGCUAUGUCUGACCUGCUGGGAGUGGGCACCCUUCGAGGAGUUGAGUUGACCAGCGUAGCCGAGGCUGUUUUGUCUUUGUGCCUUUAUUUUCCUCCUUCUCCUUGCCCUCCCGCUCCCCUCCCCUCCCUGUUAGAGUAGCAUCGUGAAGGCUGGACUUGUCUGGAAAACUGAACUCCACGAAGGAGCCCCAGGGAGAGAUUGAGGGAGAGAUUCCCCAACCCGUGGUGUUCCUCACGAUAACAAAACAACAGCAGAUGCUGGCUGUCUGUGUCCUCGUAUCACUAUCCCUAAUACUUGUCCAUGAUAGCUUUGAUUCUGCAAGUAAAAGUACUCCAUGUGUUGUGAUUGGUGCUUUCAUCUAUCUGUGAUAAUUUUUGAGUGAAUACUGCAUGAAAAUGUCCCCAUGUUACAUCCAUUCAGAAGUUUCGUUGUUUUGCUAUGAAGCUGGGAAAAGACACUAGGAGGAAGCCAACCUCACUCUUUGGAAACAGGACUUCAGGGCCUUAGCCACGCCUAGAAUGCUUCCAAGCUGAUAGCAGGGGAACUGCCUGUUGGGCAUAUCUUCCACAAUCCAAAGCAUUUUAGUUUAUCCAGGGCGGCACAGGUCCCCCCAGCAGGAGCACUGAGGAUUCACUGCGAGCUGGGAAAUGCUAGUGCAUAGAUCAUGCAGAGGUGCCCUGUUGAGUAAAGCACGGGCAUUCUAGAUUGGCACAGUGUUUCCCACGUGCAUGGUCUUAGGAACUCAAGGCCCUCCUUUGUGCAAGGAGCAGGACAAAUAAACCCACAGUUCCAGGGUAGGUGAGCUGUGCUGAGAACCCAGCUGUUAGCCCACCAGGGAGAAGGAUCCCACACAGUCCACCUCCGGGUGGCAGGUGCAGCCCCUGCUGACAGCUACACCACCACAGCAGGUUCUGCCUCUUUCCUUUGUAGUUGUUCCAAGUAGAUUAUUCUCAUUUUCACUCACCUGAGUUCCCUAAAACAAUCUUUUGAGUCUUUGGUGUCCGCCUUGUUCAUUACAAUCUCUCGGGCUUUCUUUACAACUCCCAUGUACCUAGAGCUGUCUUCUCAAAACAUGGGCUUGCCAUUUUGUUUUUUUUUUUUUUUUUUUCCUGCACCUGGAGCCUCCAGCAGCAUCAAGCUGAAGGCCCGUUACUGUGGUUAGCUCCCAGAUAGCUGUUCUCUUCCUUUUCCAUUCUCUUCCUUCUGUUUUGUUGUUGUUUUUUCAUUCUUACUAAUAUGAAGAGGAGGUGGAAGACCGUGUCUAGUCCAAGAGCAGACUUGCUAAAUAUUUCCUGUCGCAGAGCUUCUUUGCUGGUGAAAGAAUAAAUCCAUUCAAUUCAAGCUCCAGUCUGCCAUGAGGGAGGAGAGACUGGAACGUCUGUGAGGUGUCUCAGUGUGAUUCCACCACCAGCGUUUCUAGUCUCCUGAUCAGAUCUUGGGAUUCAGUGUCAGGAGAGGCUUAAGGAAGCUUGGGUUGGAACAGUGCCAGCUGGGUGUCUGUCCACCCACAGUGCUGUGCACUUAACUCAGUCCUGCCAGGGAGCCAGCGCCAACCGUGUCACUUUUUUUAAAGGAAUCAGAACAUGGGUGGAACAUAGGGUCCUAUAGAAACAAUGAUAACUUAGGGCAGUUUUGAAAGUGGUGAAGGACUCAUGGAUUUCACAGUCUAUGUUGUGCCUUUUCUCCAGAAGGACCAUUUGUUUCCAUGUAAUUCCACAGCUUUGGAGCAACUAAAAUGCUUAGGAAACAUCAGAAUAGGGCCUGGCCAUUAAAUGCUAAGGUGUUUCUGUCCUGCGUACAUGUGUAUGUAAAAGGAGAGAAAAGACCAGAAAAACAGAAACCACCCAGUCCUGCUGAGUUUCAGUUUAAGGAAAAGAUCUUGUAUUUGUCAUAAUUUCAUGUCUUACAGUCUAGAUAAAUAACCACAAAAUCUGCAUAUAAGUUUUGGCUUCUUGGUUUUUAUACUUAUUAAGGGGAAAAAGUCUUUUGUCUACCAGUGCCUCUAAAAAAAAGUUCAAUUCCCUUAAAAAUUCAACAGUCUUUUCACCAGCAUUAGGGUUUCGUAAGUGAUAACUAAUAGGAAAAUUCAACAUGAUGAUUUAAAGCCCUAACUUCUAUAUAUAUCUAUACAUUGGGUAGUAGUGAAAAAUUGCCAUGACAUUAGUUAAUGAAUAGUAAGUUUCAUAUUUGAAAUCAAGCAUUAUGAAGGAAAAAAUGCAUCACUCAAUAUUAAAAUUUGUCUUCAAUAAUACAAAUUCUCUCUUCUUUAAAAUUUGAAACCAAAUAUUUUCCCAUUGGAAUCAGAUGUAAAUAAUUAAGUACUCUGAUUUUGCUAACAAUAUUUUAAAUAGAACAUCUACCAAAGAAAAACUAAAUAGUCAAAAUCAUCUCUCCAUACAUUCAUGCCUCGGUAAGGAAUUUUGAGAAAACCAAGUAUGCUGUGGUAGGGGACUUUUAUACUUUCUUUCUUAAUAUUUGCUUCUAGCUGCUCCUGGUGAUGAAUUGUUACAUCUGCAUUCAUGUUUUGCAGCCCAAGAAUUGUUCACCCUUCUCCUAUACAGAAACCUGCGCAAUGUGUCUUUCAAAGAAGGAAAUACAGAAAUGUUAAAGCAGGAAAACCUGAAUGUGAUGUGCACAUUUUCAUUCCAUAUGGACAAUGUAUUUGUUUUAAUAAAUGGAAUUUUCCAGUUCA